AUGUCACUACAGCACCUGCACAUCCUGAUUGGAGGCUUCGCCUCCGACGCCCACCAUGAGCUGCUGACAUCAUACCCACCCACCCCCACCCUCCCCUCAUCAACCUCUGAUAAAAUGUCCCCAUUUGAUUGGUCGUCACCAUGGCGACCACUGCCCCUGAUGCCGCUGCUCAUCCUCACUUCCUGUUUCCUGUCCGAGGCAUCUUCGUCCACGAACUUCCCCAAAGACCUGGAGCCGAUUAACGUGGUCGUCUCGGAUCAGUCGCAUCAUUAUCCCAGUUUUCAGGGUUUACUUCAGGACAAUGAGACGCUGCGUCUGGGCCUCGACUUCCAGAGGAUGUUACGCCUCAACCACAUGUUGUACAUCGCUGCCAGGGAUCACGUGUUUGCGGUGAAUCUGACGAUGGCGGCGGACCAGUUGAUUCCUCAGCUGAAGCUGACUUGGAAAUCUAAAGACGUGAGCGUGUGUACAGUGCGAGGGAAGAACAGCGACGAAUGUUACAACUACGUUAAAGUUCUGGUUUCAAGAAACGACGAAACACUUUUCACCUGCGGAACCAACGCUUUCCACCCGACCUGUCGCAACUACAAGAUGGCGUCGUUGGAGCAGGUGGGGGGGGAUGUGCUGGGUCAGGCCCGCUGUCCCUUCGAGUCGCAUCAGUCCAACGUGGGACUGUUCGCAGGGGGCGACUUCUACUCGGCCACCAUGACGGACUUCCUGGCGAGCGAUGCCGUCAUCUACAGGAGCCUGGGAGACGAGCGCCCGGUCCUCAGGACCGUCAAGUACGACUCCAAGUGGCUCCGAGAGCCUCACUUCCUGCACGCCAUUGACUACGGAAACUAUGUCUACUUCUUCCUGAGUGAGAUGGCGGUGGAGUACACGGCUCUGGGAAAGGUGGUGUUUUCUCGUGUUGCUCGUGUUUGUAAGAACGAUAACGGAGGAUCUCCCCGAGUUCUGGAGCGAUACUGGACGUCCUUCCUCAAGGCUCGUCUGAACUGUUCGGUUCCUGGAGAUUCGUUCUUCUACUUCGACGUUCUUCAGUCUCUCACCAACGUUCUGCAGAUCAACCAGAGACCUGCUGUGGUUGGAGUCUUCACCACUCAAGCCAACAGUAUCCCUGGAUCUGCAGUUUGUGCGUUUUACAUGGACGAUAUCGAGAAAGUCUUCAAUGGAAAAUUCAAGGAGCAGAAGACCAGCGACUCAUCCUGGACACCGGUUCCUGAGGAGCAGGUUCCCAGACCGAGACCUGGUGUGUGUGCAGGCGACGGUUCGGCUGCAGAAUACAAGUCGUCUGUUCAGUUUCCAGAUGAGACCCUAACCUUCAUCAAGUCGUUUCCUCUGAUGGACGAAGCUGUUCCUUCGCUCAGCGAGCGGCCGUGCUUCACCCGCACGUCCAGCAGGUCCAAGUUGACUCAGAUCGUUGUGGAUGUUUUGGCCGGGCCCUUCAAAGAUCGCACUGUCAUGUUCCUCGGCUCGGACGACGGACGAGUGCUGAAGGUUUUGGCGAGCAUGCAUCCGGACGACAGCUUCGGCUCCAAGCUGCUGGAAGACAUCGACGUCUACAACCCGUCCAAGUGUAACGUCCAGGACCAGGAGGACAGGAGGGUUCUGGGACUGGAGCUGGAUAAAGACCAUCAUGCUUUGUUCGUGGCCUUCAGCAGCUGUGUGAUCCGAACGCCGCUCAGUCGCUGUCCUGAACACGGGACGUGCAGAAAAGCCUGUCUGACCUCUCGUGACCCUUACUGCAUCUGGCUGCGGACCGGGAGUUGUGCCAACAUGGCCCCGGGUUUCAGGUCGGGGUUCGACCAGGACGUGGACGGCGACCACUCGCUGCUCGCUGACGGCUGCCAGGGUGACGUUUUCGUUAUGACACGAAACCAAGAGUCCGGAGUUGACUCCGCCUUCGGUGUUCAUCGACUUCCAGAUGUGGAUCAACGCGCCGCAGCUAACGUCCACUACACACUCCUGAUUGCUUGCGUGUUGGUGGCGUUCUCCUUGGGGGCCAUCUUGUCAGGCUUGAUGAUGUCAUGCUUCUGCGGACGCAGCGCCGCUCGGCGGGCACGGCGGCUCGGGAAAGACCCGGAGAUGUCCCUGGCUCACGCUCUGUCGCUGCGAUCCCUCGCCAAGCUCAGCGGUCUGAUGGAGGGAGCGCCGAAGGAAGACAAACUGGACGUGUCAACUCCAAAGAUGGACGGCUCCUUCAUCCCGAACGGGCGCUCUGCUCCUCGUGUGCUGAGCGCCGGACCCCCAGGCCGGGCGCCGGGAGACCCUGAGCUCAACGUGUCGCAGUCUUUGUCGGAGACGGAUGGCGAGCUGUCCGGUCUGCCCACGCCAGACUCCUCCCCCCAGCUGCCCAUCAAGAACCUGAAGGCGCCGCAGCAGCAUCAGCACGAGAAGAACCAAAACCUCAACAACCCAACGUUUGGUUCCACUUUGGGUUUUAUGGCCGUCGUCGGAAACUCUUUCACACCGCAGGUGUUUCCCUACUCACAUCACCAUGGCAACCGUCUGAGCAAUGGAGCAGCCCACGGAACCGGCGCUUCGUCAACAUCACUGCACCUCCCUGAGGAGAGAGAGGUCGUGAAGGAGGAGCGAGCAGUGACAGCAAGAGGAGGAGGAGGAGGUGGGGGAGGAGAGGGAGGAUCGGGAGGCGGAGUCUACCGUCAUCACCGUUCGCAGCUGUCUCUGGCACAGACGGCGGCGGACGUGUCGGCGCUUGACGAGCUGCUCAGACACAUCCACGAGGUCAGUGCGUCCGGCAGCGGCGGCAUCAAGGUGCUCACCUCCGUCUCCUCGUCCUCGCUGUUUCCUGGGCCGUCGGCCUCGGGGGGGCAACAUCAUCCCCUUCAUCAGGGUCACCAUAGCAACCACCACAGCAUCAACAGCAACUGUGGAGGUUUUCGUCACCACCAGCAGAAGAUCCCAGAGACCGACGGCGUGUUGUACAGCAGCACCGCCACGCUGCCGAGGGACGCCCCUCCCAAACGUUUGGACGCACCCUCCCAAAGUUCUGCCUCCUCCCUCGCCACCUCCUCUUCUUCCUCCUCUUCAUCCUCUAACAAUCCUCCUUCCUCCACAUCCAUUCCGUCUGCCUCCUCUUCCUCCUCCUCCACACCGCUGGGGAUCCCAGAGAGACUUGGAGUGAGCAGUGUCUCUGUGGCACGCCACCACUCCCAACGCCACUCGCUAAUCAAAAUGGGCAGGGGCGGAGCUGCUGUUCCCCGUCACCACAGCUUCAACCAGCAGGGGGCGCAGCAUGCUCACUUUCUAGCCAGGAUGAACACCAACAGCAGCAGCAAUGGCCCCCCCAGCAGCUGCCUGACGCGGCAGCACAGCUACAGCGACGGGCCACACGUGCAGCGGGCCGCCAUCGUCCGGAGAACGGCUUCGCUCAAACCUCAAGUCCCGCCCAAACCUCAAGUCCCGCCCAAACCUCAACAUCAGAGCCGGGGAAACACAACUACUGACACUGUGAGAGGAGGUGAAGGUGCUGCCUCCUCCCUGAGUGAAGCCCCCGGCACGCCGCUGCCACAGGACCAGAAGGGACCAGAAGGGACCAGAAGGGACCAGAAGGGACCAGAAGGAACCAGAAGGGGCCAGAAGGGGCCAGAAGGGACCAGAGGGGGCCAGAAGGAACCAGAAGGGACCAGAAGGGGCCAGAAGGGGCCAGAAGGGACCAGAAGGGACCAGAAGGGACCAGAAGGGGCCAGAAGGGGCCAGAAGGGGCCAGAAGGGACCAGAAGGGACCAGAAGGGACCAGAAGGGGCCAGAAGGGACCAGAAGGGACCAGAAGGGGCCAGAAGGGGCCAGAAGGGGGCCAGAAGGAACCAGAAGGGACCAGAAGGGACCAGAAAGGACCAGAAGGGACCAGAAAGGACCAGAAGGGACCAGAAAGGACCAGAAGGGGGCGAUGACGGGACCAAGGACCCAGAGGACUCAUCAGAGUUUCCUCUGGCCUCUCAUUGCUCUGCAGAGACGAGAAGGCCUCAGUGCCUUAGUGCUUCAUCACCACUGGAUCCUAGCUGCUUCGCUCACAGAGGCAGGAACAGAACAUCCACAGGAGACGUUCCAGCAGUGAAGGAUCGAUGGUUCAGCUCGGACGUGACGACACAGCUGAUCUCUCGUCUCCGCUCGCCGCCGUCAGACAAGAGUCACGAGGAGUCGGACUGCGGCGGCCGGACGUGA